UGUACAUCCAGGUCACCGCCUCCUCUGUUUCCGGUCUGAAAAAGUCCGGUGCAACGCGACUUAAACCAAGCCUCCACUAGCGAUGGUGGACUUGCUGUGGUUCUGACUUCCUGGUGAUAAACGUAGCCCGGGUUCGCUCUGGUCUGAGUUGGAGGAGAAACGAUUAGCAUGGUGAAGUGUGUCGUUUCGGGUUGUCCGAACCGCAUGGUGAACGUUAACCGGGGGAUCUUCAACCGACCACCGAAGAGGUUCUUCAACUUCCCCAAAGACCCGACCCGAGUCAAGGUAUGGCUGGCAGCGCUGAGGGAGACCGACAAGCAGGACUUGACAGACCAGCAUUUAAUCUGCGAGGACCACUUCCUGCCAGAGGAUAUCUCCAAUAACGGGGUAAACAGUGACGCCAUUCCCAUCAUGCCCCCUUGCCUGGAUGGGCCGCUGAGCCUGAUCAGCCCCUGGGGAGAAGAGACCUCUGAGGAGGAGGAGGAGGAGGAGGAGGACCUGUGGAUCACCAGAGCCUGUGAUGAUGAUGAUGAUGAUGACGAUGAUGAUCAUGAUGAUACUGGUGCAGGUGAAGGCGGAGAUGAUGCCCCUGCUGCACCAGAGCCACCACAGCAGGGUCCAGCUGGAGGUUUGAAGAAUCCUCCAGAAGCUGAGAAGCCCAGCGCUUCCCUGUCAGCAAAGAAACGGUCGACCCAGUCCAAGAAGUUUUCCAGACAGGACGUGUCUCUGGGGCUGCUGACUCGGGGUUUCCUCGAGCUGCUGCUGGCGGCUCCGGACGACUCUCUGGACCUCAGGCAGGUCGCCGUGAGCCUGAAGACCGGCAAACGCAGAGUCUAUGACAUCACCAACGUCCUGGACGGCAUCAACCUCAUCCAGAAGGAGUCGGCCAACAGGAUCAAGUGGAUAGGGAAGAAUCCAAUCUCCCACUUUCUGUGGAAGAGCCACAAGAGGUUCCAGAGAGAGCUGAACAACCUGAAGCUGGUGGAGGACACGUUGGACGGCCUCAUCAAAAGCUGCGCCCAGCAGCUCUUCGACAUGACCGACGACAUGGAAAACUCUGCGUCGGCCUACGUGACCCACGAGGACAUCAGUCGGCUCAAAGACCUCCGGGAGCAGACGGUGAUCGUCGUCAAAGCUCCGGAGGAAACCAAACUGGAGAUCCCUGCACCGAGAGAGGAAAGCAUCCAGGUCAACCUGAAAGCAGGGAAGGGUCCCAUCAUGGUGAUGACCUGUGAGGUGGGGUCAGGAGACACCGCGACCUCUGACCCCGGAGAGACGAGAAGUGGCUUCUUUCUAACGCUGGAGGAGAGCCGGAUCAGGACGAACACGCUGCACACAGAGCCUUGUGGUCCGCAGAACGCCGUGCAGAGCGCCGUGCAGAACGCCGUGCAGAGCGCGUAGCCACCAGCCGACCACAGGGAGGCGCCAGCUGUCCUCAGACACAUGUGGAAAAAAUGUCAAGAAGCCCGAUAAGGUCAUCUGCAGCCACCGACAGGUCGCACAGGGCGUCUGAUCAAACACACAACAGUUCCUGCACGCUUCACUGGAGCAUUAUGGAGAUUUCUGCUGGGCGUGAGCUCGUCUGUGUUUCCGAAUGAUGUGAAGAGAGAUUUUCAAUCAAACUAAUCAGCUGCAACACAAAAACACCAGAAUCAUCAGUUCCAGUCAUCAAACCAGUUAUCAAACCAGUCAAAGGAGUUUUGGCAUUGGAAUGUAAAAACACUAUUUAUGGUCAUUUUCAUUUGCACAAGUAAACCCAGUUUUUAAUUUAACUCUGGUGGGCGUCGGUCAAACUGAGAAGAGUCCGGUGGGCCCGUACAGAUGUUAGAUGUUGAGGAUCACGACAGUUUGAUCGGGACGUUUUUGUAUGAAAGUUACAAUAACACACAGAUGUGCCUCUGCAGUGUUUCUGCAGACUUUGUAUUAUACUGUACAGUCGGUGUAAAAUAUUUUACUGUUCUCUUUGCUUUUCUUUGUCUUUUUGCAUAUAAAAUGUUUUCUUGGUUUGACACACACCUCAAAGAUGCUGUCAGUAAUAAAACAUUAACUCGGAAGUUA